CGUAGCUCCAGCAAGCUCAACACCAAUCCUCGCAACUCAAUCCAUUGUCGCCCGCUGCACGCCUCAGCUCGACUAGACUUCACAAUGCCGCCCAAGCAACGCACAGUAGCCCCCCAGACCGUCCCCGGCACGCCCUACGCGCCCGCGAAACCAAAGACUGGAAACAACGCGCAAGACAUCGUGCAGGGAGUAUGGAGCCGCUACGUUGAGAAGACCACACAACGCACGAAGCUGCUCGACAGCUUCAUGCUGUUCCUGGUCGUCGUUGGCGCCCUGCAAUUCCUCUACGUCGUAGUCGUUGGCAACUUUCCCUUCAAUGCGUUCCUGUCUGGCUUCAGCGCCUGCGUCGGCCAAUUCGUCCUCACAGCUUCCCUCCGCAUGCAGACCAACCCCGAGAACAAGGCCGACUUCGAGAGCAUUUCGCACGAGCGGGCGUUUGCUGACUUUGUGUUUGGGAGCUUGCUGUUGCACUUCUUCUGUGUCAACUUCAUCAACUGAGCGAUGGAAUACAAGAGAAGCAUGGAUUUGAGUGUCGGGCAUUCUGGCGUGGGCAGACAAAGUUUGUACAGGCCAGGGAAUGAAUGGUGUUAUGGCGCAAUGAAUGCAUUGUACAAAAGGUUGCUAGUAAAAGACUCGAAGUAGGGAGGACUCGCAUGGAAGAGGUACUCUUGAGUAACCGAGAAGCAGCCAGCACGGCUCGAGUGCGCAGAAGAACCACAAGGUAGCGGCUGCCAAAUACCCAUCAAUGCAGCGCAGUUCCCACCACUGGCAAAGACCCUAGGCUGACAUAUAGCACCUUUG